UUCUGCGGGUGACGGGUCUCUGGUUCGAACGAACUGAACCGAAAAAACUGAUGCUUGGUUAACGUAGUUAGCAUUCCGGGAAGCCAUUACCCAGGUAAACUAAGCAUGGUAGAGUGUAGUAACGUUAUUCCACACCCUGGCUCGAGUGCUGGAGCGGAACGGAGGUAUUGAUUCUAAGUGCAACCCAAAAGCGGAAGUUGGUGAACCAAAACACUUUUCGUGGUCUGGACAGUUCGUUUAUUUGUGUUGUGCAGCGUGGGGAGAGGAGCUUCUUGGAGUUUGUCUCGGUAACGUAAAAGGCACUUCGGAAGACAGGUGCCAUGAGCAGUGAGCUGAAUGUGCCUAUGGGUUCCCCGGCCCCAGGGGUCUCAGAGCGGGCUCCAGAUGCUGGGGGGAUGGACUACAGGGACUGGGUGCGGCGCAGUUACCUGGAACUGGUCAGCUCCAACCACCACUCAGUUCAGGCCCUGUCCUGGAGGAAACUGUACCUGAGCCGGGCCAAGCUGAAGGCUUCCAGCAGAACCUCUGCACUGCUCUCUGGCUUUGCGAUGGUGGCCAUGGUGGAGGUGCAGCUGGAGAUGCAGUACAGUUACCCUCGUGUGCUCCUCAUUGCCUUCAGUGUGUGCACCACCGUGUUGGUGGCAGUGCACCUCUUCGCUCUGCUGAUCAGCACCUGCAUCCUCCCUAAUGUGGAGGCCGUCAGCAACAUUCACAACCUCAACUCUGUCAGCGAGUCGCCCCACGAGCGCAUGCACCACUACAUCGAGCUGGCCUGGGGCUUCUCCACAGCUCUGGGAAUCUUGCUGUUUUUAGCAGAGGUGGUGCUCCUCUGCUGGAUGAAGUUCCUGCCCGUAGACUCCAAAAAACCAACCACCUGCACCAGCACGCCAGCCACCGCUGUGGCGCACCUCACGACGUCCCCACCUGUACCACAGAACAGCGGCUGGCAGGCUGCGUUGGCCUCCACCAUCAUCAUGGUCCCAGUGGGGGUGAUUUUUGUGGUGUUCACCAUACACUUCUAUCGCUCUCUGGUGCGCCACAAGACUGAGCGCCACCACCAGGAGAUUGAGGAACUGCACAAGAUUAAGGUGCAGCUGGACGGCCACGAAAGAGGCCUCCAGACUGUGUGAUAAUAUGAUGGCAGCUUUAAGAACUUCCCUUUGUAUCCCAUAUUUAUCGAGCCCUCCCACUUUUCCGAAAUUUGUUCUUGUCAUUGUUAUUGCCUUGGUUGGACUCUGGCCGUGAGCCUUAAAGCUCCUCACUUUGCAGUACAGAUGGCUUAUAUGAGUCAGACUGCUAAUUUAUUCUUAAAUUAAAGCGGCGUUUUAGGAUUUGUGCAGUGAGCUUCUCUGUGUUUUGGAUCUGAAAUCUGUUGGUCAAGGAUAAUGUAAAAAGGUUUACAGAAAAAAGGGCUAAUAUGUUUUAUGUGCCAUUUUGUUUUUGCCAUGUGUACAUUGUGUUGUCAUGGUAAGGUUGGGUGCAGAUUCCAUUUAAGAGCCAGUGAAGAAUUUAUGAUCUCUCCUUACUCCUUUUUAGCAACAAUGUAGAAAUGAUUUAGGUCUCAGACUUCUCAUUUUGCUGGCCUUACCUUUCACCAGAAGAAAUGGCCACCGGCAGCAUAAACUAAUUAACAUUAAUGCCAUAAGUAACUUGCCAUAAAGCCAAAAUGUAACUUGGGUAUUGUUUGAUUAUUUUUCUCUCUGCAAGCAGGUGUCUGUGCACGGCCAAAGAUUAUGUGUAGACAAAGAAGAACCACUCUGGAUCAUCAUCUGAUUACGAGUGGACUAACCAGUUUUAACACCGAGUGGUGCCAUCAUGUCAGUAGUGGGAAUCUCCUUGUUAAUUAACUCAUAUGACAUCAGUAAUUUCAGGGUCAGGGUGUCCAGUAUUUGGAACAAGUAUUUCCUGAAAAAUAAGGAGUGCUGAUGUAAGUUUUACAGUUUUAAAAUUUCAGUGUGUGAAUGAAAGAUUCAAUCAACAUUUCGUUUUUUUAUGCCUCUUAUUUACUUUUGGAAACCGCAAGAUUAUUUAGACCACAACUAAAAACAAUUUUUGCCUUCUUAGCCUACAAGAGCUGAUCACAGAUCUGAUACUUUUACUCGUAGAUGUGUUACUUGCAAAUGUUGAAAUGUAAAAUACUAGCAACC